CAAGGCGUAGACAUUUGAGUAAGACAGUUCAAACACUUUUGAAAAAGUCUCGUAAACUACAAUACGAAACGAGAAAAAGUAGUACUCCCCGAUCAAAUUCUUUGGAAACCGAAGAGCUUUAUUACUUCCAAAAUCAAGAAACAAAUUUUUGCGAAAAUGAAGUUGUCCACCGCCUAGAAAGAACGUGUCAGGCCGCACAAGCUUCACUAGAUACACCAAAUAUAACGACACUACCAGCGACAGUCAUUUGUGAAAUUUCAGAAAGUUGUGAUAUAGAAAGUGUUACCAAUGUGAACAUUAUAAAUCGAAUUAAAAAUUGGAGUUUAAAAUAUAACAUUACAAGAGAAGCUUUAUCGCAGCUUCUUCUGGUGUUAAAAACCCAUCCGUGUUUUACUAAUUUUCCUGCUGAUGCCCGGACGCUUUUACGUACGCCAAGGUCCACACAAAGUUCGGUGGUGGGAAAUGGUGAAUUUUGCUAUCUUGGCAUAUCAAAAGGAUUAUGACCAAUAUUAUCUGAUUUAAUAAGUGAACGCCAAAAUAAAAUAUCUCUUCAAUUCAACAUAGAUGGACUUCCACUUCAUAAGAGCAACAGCAAACAGUUGUGGCCAAUUUUGGCUCAUGUCAUGAAUACAGAUUACGUGUAUGCCGUUGCUUUAUAUUGCGGAACUGAGAAACCUGGUGAUUUAAAUCUAUAUUUUCAAGAAUUCAUCGAGGAGUUAACAGAUUUACAAUUAAAUGGAUUACUUUACAACCAAUUUGUUUUCCAAAUAGAGGCUAGUUCAUUUAUUUGCGACGCGCCAGCUCGUGCCUUUAUUUGCUGCAUAAAGGGCCACUCGGGUUAUUUCUCGUGUGGAAAAUGCGAGGUCAAAGGCCAACGUGUACAAAAUCGAACCGUAUUUUUAAAGACUGAUAUUAUCCUUAGGACGAAUUUAAGUUUUAGAAACCAAACACAAAGGCAACAUCAUCAUGGCAAUUCACCACUUGAAUCACUUAAUAUUGACAUGGUGAACGACUUUCCAUUUGAAUACAUGCACCUGAUUUGUCUCGGAGCGACUAAAAAAAUAUUGAAGUUAUGGACAGAUAAGAAACUUUCCCGCCACAGACUACGCUCCAAAGAAAUUAUUAGAAUUUCAGAUCAUUUAGAAUAUACAAAAAAAUUUGUGACGAAUGACUUUGCUAGAAAGCCAAGGACAUUGGGAGAGCUGGAUCGCUGGAAGGCCACAGAACUUAGGACCUUUCUCCUCUACACGGGCCCCAUAGUGCUAAAAAAUAACAUAAGUGACAAAUAUUACAGAAAUUUUAUGCUCCUUAGUGUGGCUACCAGAUUACUUGCAGAGCCAUGCCAAUCAAAGGAGAAUAUAAAUUAUGCCGAACAGCUUUUAGAAUAUUUUGUUCAUAAUUUCAUGGAAAUUUAUGGCAAGGAAAAUGUUUCCUAUAAUAUACAUGGGCUCAUUCACAUAGCCAACGAUGUUCGAUUGCAUGAUCAUCUGCUCAACCUUUACCCCAACUACAUCGCAGAUUGGCCGAGAGAGAAUGUGGAAAGUUUAAAACAAAUGAGCACGAGGCAGAUGCAGUCCAGCAGGCGGAGCUUACGAGCAAAUUAAUUGUUAGAACUAAUACUCCAAAUAAUUUUGUGCUACUAAAUAAUGGAUACAUAAUUAGUGUUACAAACAUAAAUAAAUGUGGUGAAACCGAACUCGUUGGGAGAAGAUUCAAAGAGUCAAAGAACUUAUUUAGUUACCCUUGUGAUUCAAAACUUCUUGAUAUUUAUAAAGUGAAGUUUAAUAAUUUAAC